AGAUUACAUUCUCCUACAAAGUUUAGAUUUCCGUGUAACUUUGUCACUUGUGUAGAGGGUUGCUGCCUGUAUUGGAAAUAUUAUAUGUUAAGCCUUCUGGUUUUAAAUCUUACAAUUUAACUGUUUUUUUUUCUUCUUUUUGGAUUUUGGUUUGUCAGUAAUUCAUAAUGAACAUCUUUUUUUUGUCUCUCUCAUUUGUCUCUCUUCUGUUUAUGACAAGCCUUUCUGAAGGACAAGAAAAGAAAUGGAAAGGUGAAGGUACAACACCAAACCUGGAAAACAUUGUCAUUGGAAGGUGUUAUGAGUACACUCGAAUUGUGAAUCCUUCUGUUGGGGAGAAGAAUUGUUCAGAGUUAUGGGAAGCUUUUAAAAACGCUUUUAUUAAUAAGGAUCCUUGUAGUAUUCUACCUACAGACUAUGAAUUAUUUAUUAACUUGUCACUGCACACAAUUCCACCUAAUAAGUCUCUCUUCUGGGAGAAUAAUCAGCUGCUAGUCAAUAGCUUUUCUGGUAGAACUCGUCGCUACACGGCCCUGGGUGAUACUCUAAUUGGCUUCUUUGCAGAUUUACUGAACUGGUGUGGGCAGGCAGGCAGCCCUGGACUGGACUAUGACUCCUGCCCUACCACAGAAGAAUGUGAAAACAAUGCAGUGGAGUCUUUCUGGCGGAUGGCCUCAAUCACAUAUGCACAGCACAGUUCCGGAGUGAUACAUGUCCUAUUGAAUGGUUCUGCAGAAGGAGGAGCUUAUCCAGUCAAAGGUUUCUUUGCAGAUUAUGAAAUACCCAAUCUCCAGAAAGACAAAAUCUCAAAAAUUGUCAUCUGGGUUGUAGAUGAUAUUGAUGGACCUGAUAGAGAUUCCUGUGGAACUCAUACUGUAAAGAUAUUAGAGAACAGACUGAAAACACUUGGAUAUGAAGUCACGUGCACUGACAAUUACAAGCCUGUAAUGUUCUUACUCUGCUUGGAUCAUCCCGAUCAUUCUAAUUGUGCUUUUUCAUCAUCUGCACCAGCAGCACAAAGAGGACCUAUAUCUUCAGACAGAGAAGGCAGCUGGAACAAGCUCAUCUUUGUUACUUUUGUAGGCUUUUUGUCCAGAUCUGCUCUAGUGUAUUAAGUUAAUCAACUGAAUGCAAAUGUUCUAUUUGCUUCAACUGGGUAUAAAUUAGUUUAUAACAGCAGUUUCACACUAGCUCUGGAAUGGCAAAUCUACAUAUUUUUAUCUAUAUAUCAACUAUUAAGAGUUUAAAGAAAUACUCUAUUGCUUCUAUAAAGCCUCACUCUCCAUUUCUAUUUUCCUAAAUACAAGGGAUCCUUUGGAAUUUUUCUAAUGCUGAGUUCUCUAGAAUUCCAUUGAGCAUAAUACAGUCUCUGUGUUCAUAUGUUGCAUCAAGAAAAGCCAUGUUACAUACAUCUCCCAAACACAUCCCUUGUGCUUAACAACCCAAGCAUUUUGGCCUGGAAAACUAAGUGUCUGAUUAUCCAGUGUUUAGGGGAAAAAAGAGAGGAAUAUGAAUUCAGACGAGCGAGAACUUAGAUGCUCGGUACAAAAAGCAAUACAGCAGCUGAAACAGUGUCAAACAAACAAACAAGCAAAACUGUUUUCAGAAUUAAUACAGUCUUUUAGCUAAACUUACCUGAACUACAAGUACACUGAGAUCCUUUCUUGCAUACAGCAUUUUGCCAUGUACAGCCGAUUGCUCUGCCAUUCACACAGCUAUUCCUCAACUGUCUCUUUCCUGGGCACCAGGUCUUGGAAGUUCCUCAGUUUUUCUACUAUGACGAGAUGAGUAGCUUUGUGGCAUAUCCAAUUCCAGCAAGAACCUGCCAAGUCAGCCAGCUGUCUGCUUUCAUAUAACUCCUAUGACAUAUUUCAGAAUGUAUUCAGAAGAGAGCAACUACCACCUUAAAGGUCUCUUUGAGCUCCUGCUGGCAGUUAUCUGUGUCAUCUAGAUACCUUUAACAUUUUGAUAGGAAAUUCAAGUUAGCUUCUAUAGUAUUUAUUUUUGUAUUAUCCGAUUGUCAGGAAACUGCUGUAGGAUAUUCCUGUUUAUCUCUGCUUUUGGUUUAAGACCUCAUAGUAGAUGUAUAUUCUUUCCGUCUCUGGUAAAACUCUAUCAUGUUGCAUGCUUGAAAGAAUGAAUAUCAGAUAAAAGUUACUGAUG